UGGCGUGUUCCUUUAAGCGCGCGCGCUGACGCAACUAAUUCGGUUAACGCCGCUGCUGCUGCUAAUGAUUAGCGGCUAACGAUAACAGCUGUCACUUUAAAGGACGAGGAAACGUAAAUGUGACUUGGUGGACAACUGUGGGCAAAACUUUCAUUGAAGUUUUUAUUCGAAUGUGUGGUAUAUGGGCCCUGUUCGGGAGCGAUGAGUGCCUUUCGGUUCAGUGCAGCAAUGCUAUGAAAAUCGCUCAUCGUGGACCGGACGCUUUCCGCUUCGAGAAUGUCAACGGCUUCACCAACUGCUGCUUCGGCUUCCACCGCCUCGCCAUCGUGGACCAGCUGUACGGCAUGCAGCCCCUGCGCGUCAAGAAGUUCCCCUACCUUUGGCUCUGCUACAACGGCGAGAUCUACAACCACACCAGGAUGAGGAACCACUUUAAGUUUGAGUAUCAGACUAAAGUGGACGGCGAGAUCCUUCUGCACCUGUACGAUCGCUUUGGAAUCGAGAAGAUGGCCUCCAUGCUAGAUGGCGUGUUUGCCUUCAUCUUGUUGGACACGGCUAACAGGAAGGUCUUCUUGGGCAGAGACACGUACGGCGUGAGACCGCUGUUCAGACUGCUCACCGACAACGGCUUUCUGGCCGUCUGUUCCGAGGCCAAAGGUUUGCUGGACCUCAAAACCUCCAUGUCCACUCCUGCAAAGAUCACUCCCUUCCCACCGGGACACUUUGAGGUGUUUGACCUGAAGACCUCUGGAAAAGUGGAGUCUGUUCAGAUGGAUCGCUUUCACUGCUGCACAGAAGAACCCAAGCAUGCUGCCUACAACAUCCUGGAGGGCCUUGGCACAGGCUUUGAACUGGAGACGGUGAAGAGCAACAUUAGGAUCCUGUUUGAAAGCGCGGUAAAGAAACGCUUGAUGGCUCACAGAAGAAUCGGUUGCCUGCUCUCAGGUGGUCUCGAUUCAAGUCUGGUUGCUGCUACUCUUGUGAAACUGGCCAAAGAAAAGCAGCUCCCGUAUCCCGUCCAGACAUUUUCCAUCGGUGCCGAGGACAGCCCAGAUGUUGCUGCCGCUCGCAAGGUGGCGGCGCACAUUGGCAGUGAACACCAUGAAGUGAGCUUCACUCCUGAGGAGGGCAUCCGUGCGCUGGAGGAAGUCAUCGUUCACUUGGAGAGCUACGACAUCACCACCGUGCGUGCCUCUGUCGGAAUGUACCUGAUAUCAAAGUACAUCCGUGAGAAGACGGACAGCGUUGUGAUUUUCUCAGGUGAAGGUUCAGAUGAAUUGACACAAGGAUACAUCUACUUCCAUAAGGCGCCGUCACCUGAAGCAGCUGCUGAGGACAGUGUGCGUCUGCUGGAAGAGCUUUAUCUGUUUGACGUGCUGAGAGCGGACAGAACCACAGCCGCACACGGACUGGAGUUGAGAGUGCCUUUCCUGGAUCACAGGUUCACAGCAUACUACCUCUCUCUGCCUGAGGAGAUGAGAGUGCCUAAGGACGGUGUGGAGAAGCAUCUCUUGAGGGAAUCGUUUAAAGGGCUGAACCUCAUCCCAGAUGAGAUACUCUGGAGGAGGAAGGAGGCCUUCAGUGACGGAAUGACUUCCAUGAAGAAAUCCUGGUACGCCAGUCUUCAGGAGCACAUCGAGGAUGAGGUGAACGACUGUCAGCUGGAGAAAGCCAGUGAGAAGUUCCCUUUCAAUCCUCCCACAACCAAAGAGGGCUUCUUCAUAAGGACGAUCUUUGAGAAGCAUUACCCCGGCCGCUGUGAGUGGACCCCACAUUACUGGAUGCCCCGCUGGAUCAAGGCCACAGACCCCUCGGCCAGAACCCUGUCCAUCUACAAGCCCGAUAAAGACCAGUAAUCCCAUCAAGCCUCAGACCACACAACUACAAUGUUGCCAUUAUUUAAAUGCUUUUUUUUUUUUUUUUUUUUUUGCCUUAUUUUCUCUGUUCCCUUUACUAGACUAUCUUUUAGGGGUUUUUUUUCCAAAUAGAAUUUAUAUUCGAGGUAUUUUUCGAGGUUGCCGUGUUACUGUAUCCUCUUAUCAGGUUAUAGGUUUCUAAAAUAUAGAAAUAGAGCUUUUCUUUUCUCUAACCAAAACAGGAGUGGGCUAGCGUGGCUUGUUGGUUAAAAUAAAUUGCACAGUAAUUGUUUCUUGUAAAAACAGACAAAUUGUCACAACAGUCAAGCUAUGGUGACCUAAUAUGAUGUAAGUUCAAGUCAAAAACACAGAAAGCUUCUUAGUUUGAAGUAGACUCCAUAUUCAGUUAUCCUGUCACAUUAGUAAGGAAUAUAUACAGUGCCGCUCAAAGGUUGGGGAUCGCUAGUUUUUAAAGAAGCCCUCUCCAAAUCCCAAAAAGAUGCGUUUAUUUGAUGAAAUACAGUACUGCUGUAAAUAUUACUAGUUGAACACAUUUAAUAAUUUGCUGAUGCGAAGCUUAAUUUUCAGCAUCAUUACGGUUUUCUUCAUAGUGUCCCGUGAUCCUUCAGAAAUCAUUCAAAUAUACUGAUUUGCUGCUCGAGCAAUUUAAGCACUUAUAGUUAGGCUGAAAUGUAAGUAGUAAUGUUACAAAGUUAUAUUUCCCAAAAAAAAAGAGUUGCCCUUAACUUCUGAAUGGUAGUGUACAUGUAUUUUGGGUUUACUGGUGAAUGAACUAAUAAUUGUUUUUAUAAUAUCUGGACUGAAAACCUUGGACUAUGCACUUCUCCUAGAUUCCUGCAGUGGGACUCCCACUUUAAUGAUUGUAUUUGUGUGCUAAUUGACCCAAGUAAAUUAUUGUUUGGCUAUUUAAAACAUUCCCGCUGCUUUUAAGCAGUUAUUUAUUCUCCCCCCAACCCCCCUUUUUGUAUGUUCUGUGGUGCGGCAUCACUUUAAACUAGAAAUGUGCUCUGAAUUCGAGUAAAGGAUGGUGCAUGUAGUGUGACUGUUUAAAGUUUUAGACUUUAAUGUGCAACAUUCUGAGCUAUCACAUUAAACGAUCUGGUCGUGGUAUUGAUGAA